UAUUUUGGGUUCUCAAGAGUAAGAGUCCCGCAGUGUUUUUAAUCUCAUGAUUGAGGUUUUCACUGCGUAACCAAAAAUCUGGUGUUCUGUGUAUUAUUUUUGGUUUCUGCCCAGUAAGGAUUGAUACGUGCCUUGCAAUCCCCGUUUUCCAGAAAACAUAAUUUUCAGUUUUUCACAAUCUCUACAAGAAACAUAGUAUCACCAAAAUGAGGCUCUUUGAUCCAAACACAGCUGCCCUUCAGGCACUGAAAGGGAGCGGAAUCAGCGUCAUACUUGGCAUUCAAAACCAAGACUUACCCGCACUGGCAGCAAGUCAAGAAGCUGUGAACGCAUGGUUCACCACCAAUGUUGAGCCUUACCUUGAUGGUAUUGAACUCAGUUAUAUUGCUGUUGGCAAUGAGGUUAUUCCCGGGCCCUUAGGCAACUACGUUUUUCCUGUAAUGAGGUUUUUACGGACUAUGCUUGAUGGCAGAGAGCUGACUGGGAUUAAGGUGACCACGGUUGUUCCAGGAACCGCCUUAGGAUCUUCAUACCCGCCUUCAAGUGGUGUAUUCGCAGCGGAGGCUGUUGAAGUCAUGACCAGCAUUGUUCAAUUUAUAGCGUCAACCAAUUCAUCUCUUAUGAUCAAUGCGUACCCUUACUUUGCCUACAAGUCAGACCCUGCCAAUGUUCACUUGGACUAUGCUCUAUUCACUAUUAAAACCUCGGUGAUUCAAGACGGACCACUCGGCUACUACAACCUGUUGGAUGCCAUAGUGGAUUCGUUUUACACCGCAAUGGAGAAAGUAGGCGGCCCUAAUGUCACGGUUGUGGUAUCUGAAAGUGGUUGGCCUUCUGCUGGGAGCGGACAGUUCACCACCCCAGAACUUGCAGGGACAUAUAACCGGAAUUUCAUCAAACACAUCAGUUCAAGGGUAGGAACACCAAAAAGACCUGAUCAAUUCAUUGAAGGAUACAUCUUUGCCAUGUUCAAUGAGAAUCAGAAACCUGAGGGCGAGGAGCAGCAUUUUGGUCUUUUUUGUCCUAACAUGGAACCUGUUUAUCCUGUGUUUUAGAUUCUUUAGUGAUUAGACAAAUAAAGAU